AUGGAUUUACCGGAUCCAUAUUUACCCGGUGCCUUAAGUCUAUUGGAACAACUCGACAAAAAACUUCUGGUUGUCUUGCGUGACGGGCGCACAUUAAUUGGCUACUUAAGAACAAUUGAUCAAUUUGCGAAUUUGGUAUUGCAUGAAACUUUAGAAAGGAUCCAUGUUGACAAUUAUUACGGUGAUAUAGAGCGUGGAGUAUUUCUGAUUCGUGGAGAAAAUGUCGUUUUAGCAGGCCUUAUUCCACUUUCUGCUAAAGAGAUCCUUUCGUUGCAACAAGAAAAAAUAGAGGAAAAAGAACGAUUCGAAGAAGCUAGAAAUAAAAUAAUGAAAGGACGUGGUCGUCGUGCAAAACCUGCAAUUGAUGUUUUUAAUGAUGAGUCGUGA